UAUUACAUGUUGCAGUUUGCGUUUUUUCUUUUAAUAGGCGCCAAGCCCCCCUCACUAUACUGUAGAAAUGUAAGAAUUACCGCGUUUGGUGAAUUGUUAAAGAGAUAACUAGAGUGCCCCAUUUGCAUAUGGUGGUACUUUAUCUACCAUAGUUUAACCCCUGAUGUUUGGAUUUGUUUUGUUCAAAUAGACCUUGGAGCAUUCAACUCUGCUCAUUUGUGGACCACCUCAAGAGAAAAACAAAACGAAAAUAAGAAAAAUCAACUUUCGAUUCACAUGCCCAGCCUUAUGAGCGUAGCAAAACUUUAACUGGUUAAUUUGUGUUUACGACGCUGGUUCAGUCGAAAACAGUUUAUUCUGUUUUUAUUUUUUUCGCAGAUCCUCCCCCUUGGAAACGGAAUGAUACUCCACUCCCAUCUGAGGAAGAGUACCGAUCCCUGUCGAAUCAGAAUGGUGAGAAUCAGCCUCGUUACCAAGAAUAUCUUUUAACUAGCAGAAACCAUGGUUAGGAAGUACGGGUGCUAGGCUUGGAUAAAUUCUGCUCGUAAGAUGGUUAUUAUGUCUGCCGGCGGUGCUCGUAAAAAUCGUUUAUUCUGCUCAAAAUUCUGCUCGGACACCCUUCUGCCCGAAUUCUGCUAAGUAUCCGAAAAAAUCUUCGGCCCUUCGCGACGUAUUUAUUUUCGCAAAAAUAGAAGGGAGCCUGGGCCUAACCCCUAAAAAUUAAUUAGAUAUUCAUUUUGCGUAGCAAAAUUGUAAUUCAUCUUACUUCUAAUGUAAGUGCGUUGUAGCUGUUAAAGAAUCAAAUUAAUCACAAGAUAUUUUCCAUUUGUUUGUUAUUUAGUUUUAUAUUUUUCUUUCAACUGUUAUGCAUAUCAUUAGUGCCACUGAUUUUCCCUUAUUCUGUUCAAAUUCUGCUCGAAAAUGCCUUAUUCUGCCGGCAGAAUUUAUCCAUGCCUAACGGGUACAGAGUUGGGAGAUUAAUUAUAAAAAAAACGCAGUUUAAAAUUUGAAUAGUAGAUGUUUAGCAUGAAAAGAUGAAUACAUGUUACCUUUUAGGCCCAGUGUUAAUAGAGCAAAUUUCGAUGGAAUCACUAACGUGGAAAUUGAAUUGAACUAUACCGUAAUCAAGACUAAUACUAGACUGGGAACAACUAUUAAAAAAGAACUAUUGCCAAGAUUACUGGGAAACAGUAACAAGUAAAAACGAUCAACAAGACUGCAAGACGUCAUCAAUGGAAAAUGAUGCGAUAUUCUCGGAAUAUUGGGCUCGCUAGAAAUUGACACGUCUCGAAGUCUCUAAUUUAAUUGAUCGAUUUGGAUCUCGGAAUGUCGAAAAUUGCCAGCCGAUGUUUGGAUUAUAUAUUUACGAAGGUUAGUUGAACAAGAAAGAUCGACUUUAUUUCCUUUAGCAGCAGUAAAUAACUAUCUGAUAAUGAAGGAGAACAUCCGUACAUUUUUAACCUAAAUGACUCUUCAGCAGCUCUACAUUGCCCUUUUCAGUAGUGUACUUACUUAGCUUGAAGCUUUGCAGGCAACGGCUAACCACUGGCGUGUCCCAUUUGUUUUAAACGUCGAGCUAGUAAACAAUUGCUCUUAACCGAACGAUUCAUAUACUGCCUUUUGAACAACGGGGAUAACCUAUGCUAAAUAUCAAAGCCAUUUCAAUCAAUAUCGUAGAAUAGGUAAAUUAGACGCAGAGAAACAGUAUACUUUUAUCCGCAGACAAUUUUCUCCGAGCUUAGAUUAUUUGAAUUAGCAGUCUAGUUUCACCUAAGAAUGCACCAGCUAGCUCACUCUUUUCAAAACGGGAACUAACAAAAUAUUACAUACUCAUUGUAGUGUUUUGCACGAGUUCGAAUUUGAUCGGUGGUCAGCAAUUCCUUCCCUGUUGCAGAACUUGACCUCAGCUGAUUGUUGUCUUAGUCUCUACCUACACCCAAGUAUAUAUUAUGGGACUUCGGAGAGCUCUUUAGUAGUGACACUAAGCUUGUGAAGAUUUUGUACAGUAUGUAAGCACUGAUGGCCUUGAUUGCUAUUCCCUCUUAUAACACGAGUUAUUUGUAGCACCUAGCUGCUUCUUGUCAUCUUUUUGCGGAAACACGGCAUUGUUCAAGCACGGCAUUAACCAUAUUACAUAGUAAGUCGUCCUCAGUAGCCUUAGCCGAAUAGCACACUUUGCUCCAUUUUGGAUGUAUGUCGUGCUUUGUUCCACGAGAUGUCGUACGAAGGUGACAGCUUACCGAUACUAGUUCCUCGGCAGGUUAUCUGAUCACUCAAUUUUAUGUAUAUAUGUUAAGAGCUGAACUCGAGCGCGGUUUAUUCCUGGCUUGUCGGCCACUUCUGCUGCAAAGCCACUUGAAGCUACUCGAGUCAAAUCUCUUGUUGUCACAGAACUCCUCUGCGUCCGGUGGGCAGUACGUUGGCGGGCAUGUAUGUUGGCAGUAUGUUUGUACUGAACUUUCCAACAACUUAAAAACUGAACUUUCUAAAAAGUAAACUUUCUCGAAGAAAUCCUUAUAGCAAAAUGGGCUUCAAAUUUCCAGGCGUUCUAAUGCAAAUACGCAAGGGCAGGUCCAAUUUUUGAGCUCACUAACUUUUAGCCGGAAAGCUUUAUGCCGGUAUUGGUGUAAGAAUGAUGGUAACUAAGGUCAUUGCUAUUGUUCUCGUAAGUGCGGUAAAGCGUAACUUUCGGAGCCGAAGGGACGGGGUUCGAUACCAAAAUCUAAAUCUAAAUGUAAAUGUCUGAUCUGCAAAGAGCAGUACAGCCCUUCAGCAGCUAUGUGCUGUGCUCGUGCUAUGUGCGCUAAAAGACAGUGCAGGGAAUUUGUGCUGGUGAUAUAAAAAUAAAAAAUGUUCAAAUGCUCAAUUGGGCCUGGCCUGGGCCCUCAAGGCAAGCUUGAAGGCCUCCUUGUUGGCAGCUUCAAUAAUUGUUUCGGGAAGUUCGUUCCAUUCUUUAACGGAUCUGGGAAAAAAGCUAUAUUUAUAUAUAUUAGUCCUGCAAGCAGCGUUUAUAAAUUUAAGUGGGUGGUAAUUUCUUGUUUGGCGUUCCUUCUGCCUGAAGUAAUUUGGAAUUACUACUGCCGGGGUGCCAUUUAGGAUCUUAUACAAGUUUGUUCAUCUUGUUUGUUUCCUUCUCUGUUCCAAUGAUGACCAUUUUAGCUCCUCUAGUAAACUUGUGAUGGUGCCCGGUGUGCGCUGAUUACACUUCUUAACAAAACGAGCCGCUCUGCGCUGGACUUUCUCAAUUGAUUGAAUGUUCUUUUGUGUAUGUGGGUCCCACACUGAGCAUGCAUACUCCAAAUGGGGUCUAACUAAAGAAUAAUACGCCUGCGUCUUGAUCUGUUCGGGGCAGUUAUGUAGAUUUCCUGUCAAGACGCCGAGGGAAGAGUUCGCUCUCCCUGUAAUAGCAGAAAUAUGUUCAUUCCAUGUUAAUUUGCUAUCUAAUUCUACACCCAGAUACUUGUGCCGCCGUGUGACUGACGUUAUGGGCUGUCCCAUCAUAGUAUAGGUGCAGUUAACCACAUUAUCUCUGGAACGAGUGCCUCUAAGCAGAAAACACUUGCUGGCAUUAAAAGCCAUCUGCCAUUUCUCUGACCAGACUACUAAUUUGUUGAGGUCACUUUGAAGCACCUCGGCACUGCUAGUGUUGUUAACAACCCCAUAUAGGACGCUGUCAUCUGCAAACAGACCCAAUUCUGAGGUUUUUUGGAGACCAAUGUCAUUGAUGUAGAGUAAGAACAACAGUGGGCCCAGGACGGUGCCCUGAAGAACUUCUGAAGUUACAGUCACUGGAGAAGACUGUGAACCAUUAUCAACAACUGUCUGAGUCCUUCCGCAAAGCCAGGAUUCUAUCCAUUUGAUCAGUUGUCCACGGAUUCCGUAGUGAUUUAAUUUCUUAAGGAGACGUUUGCGCGGGACCGUAUCGAAUGCCCUGGAGAGGUCCAGCAAUAAUACAUCAGUCUGUUUGCUAUCGUCUAAGUUUCUGGCUAGGUGUUCGACUAUUGUAAUUAGCUGGCUUUCACAUGAGUGGCCCUGGCGAAAUCCAUGCUGGUAGUUGACAAGUACAUGAUGUGCGUCCAAGUGACCCAUAAUAUGAUGGAAGAUAAUGUGCUUCAAGAUCUUCCAGGGCAUAGACGUGAGAGAUACUGGUCUCUAGUUGCAGGCUUCUUUCUUACUGCCUUUUUUAAACACUGGGGUCACAUUGGCAAAUUUCCAGUCACCUGGGACUUCACCUGUUGUUAAUGAUUGAUUGAAUAUAAAUCGCAGAAAUGGGGCAAUUUCUUCCGCUGCUUCUUUCAGCACCCAGCAUGAAAUGCCAUCGGGACCACUGUCUUUCUUUCUGUUGAUAUUCCUGAGCAGGGACACUAUGCCCUUGGUCUGAAAUACAAGUGGGUCUAAUAUCUGAAACACCACUGCUGUCCAUAUCUGGGAUCGUGUCUACAUCUUUCGUCUGUGAAGACCGCCUUGAAUUGGUUGCUUAGGAUUUCUGCUUUAGCUUUGUUAUCAGUUAUUUCAGUAUUUCCAGAAUUUAAAGAACUAAUUACAUUGUUUUUUUUCUUUUGGACUUGAUGUAGGUCCAAAAUUUCUUUCCAAUGGAUGGUGAAUUCUUCUUGUCUAACCAGUCAAGAAGACCUAGUACACAGUCGUUAUGUGCUACCAGUAGGCUACGUUUCCAGGUUUUCCGUAGCUCUUUAAAUUUCUUCCAAUGUUGCGGAUUUUGCGUCCGUUUAGCGAGGUUAUAAACUCCUUGUGUUUUCCUCAUCAGUCCCCUUAACCCUGGGGUGAUCCAAGGUACGUUCCACCUGCCGCUGAUGGUUUUGGUGGGGACAUGGUUCUUGAUAGCCGUUAGAAUUAUUCUUGUAAAGUGGCACCAGUUUUGUUCAACAGAUCUGUCAUGGGGAUGACUGGUUUGAAACUUGUCCCAUGCUGAGCUAAUUUCAUCCUUUAAUAAUUCACUGUCCGCUUUCUUGUAAAUAUAGAUUUUCCUUAUAGGUUUCACUUUCAAGAUCAGAUCAGUUAUGACAACGCUGUGAUCACUUAUGCUCUCGACAACUUAAGUUUUGCCUACAGAGUCAGGAAUAGUUGAUAGAACAAGAUCCAUGGUUAUGGUUUUUUAGCCGUUUUGGUCUGAUAUAGGGUAUCAAUUUCGACCAUUUUGGUCUGAAAUAGGGAAUGGUUUGUGCACUCUACUCUUGAAUUGGGUAUGUUUUUUUUAGAAGAAGCUACUUCUUCAUCAUUUGGCGAUAAGACCAUUUCUCUUUUAAUGUUUACGCCAACCGUGUACGUGCCGUAACAGCUUGUCACGCGCUCCGGUCACGCGCCGGGCUCCACGGCUUUAGGUCUGAAAUACGGUAGGGUAUCAAAUUUUUGAUCAGGCCUGAAGUAGGGAAAAUCACAGAUUUUGGUUUGAAAUAGGGUAAGGGUUCCAGGAAGCGUGCCGCACACCCCCACCCAAUUUUUGUGGAAGUACCCCACCCCGGGGGUUUUCGUCGUAUUUUCUAUACAAUGGGGGGUCAUUGCGCCAGGCGUUCCUUGCGGAGUCCGUGGAAAAUGGAACCAAGAAUCGUUGCGUGAUCGAAGCCGUGCAUGUUUUGCGAAGAAAGCUUAGGAAAGAUUAAAUUUAGAGUUUUUCCCUACACAUUGCAGAAAGCAACUUUUGACUUUUUUUUAGCAACUUUUUAAGAAAGUACGGGAAACUUGUGGCAGCCAAGCCUAAAACCGUUCUAAACUGGUCACAGCUGGGCUCGUUUCUAAAGUCAACCAUAUAUUUUUAACUAUACUCAGCAACUGUAGUGAAAUUGGACUUCUUCCCUAGUGUACGUACGGCGUCACCUCCCGUAAGCGACCCCUAAAUCUUCGCAUUUUGGGUGGUCGCUUAGCAGGUUCGACUCCCGGGGGGGUACUCCCUUAUAAGGGCAUAAUGGGGACGUGCGGCCAGCCAGGGUAUGUUUUUCGGGAUUUUUGUCUUAAACAGGGUAUCGAAUUUAUCAUUUUUUGUCUUAAUCAGGGUAUCGAUUUAUCAAUUUUUGUCUUAAACAGGAUAUCUUUUCUUGGACGAUAAACAGCAAAAUUUUUACAAGCUCUAAUGUUAAUUAAUAUUGACUUCCGUUGACUUAAACAGGGUAUCAAAAAUCGGAAUUCUGUCUUAAACAGAGUAGGAAAAUCAGCAAUAUUUGUCUUAAGCAGGGUCAGAGUAGGAGGGGCCGCGCCGCACCUCCCCACCCAGGGAUAUAUCGAGUACCCCCCCCCCCCCGGGGUUCGACUGCAUUUUUCAAACCAACGGAUCUAUUUAUAGAAACUCUCGGCUGCGUUCCUUAAAGUCCGUAAAACAUGUGUCAGAGUUUUUUUUUUCUUACCUAAUUUCUGAGAACGGACCUAUAGAGCCAGGAUAUAAUCAAAAGGGUGCUUUUGGCUCACUCUUGGAUUAAGUAGUUUAGAAAUAAAAGCUGAUAAUCAACUUGCAAUGUCUAAACAAGGGCACAUCAUGCUAAAUCUCUCUCGCAAAGCUACGGCUUAGUUUGCCGGUUUAUGUUGGACACAUUUUACGAUAAACAUGUAAGAGAAGGGGCUUGCACUUUUCUUGCUAUUCCAGGGAACAUAUGUGAUAGUAGGUGGCUAUAUGGGGCUAGAGCCUGCUUGGAGAGCACUGCUGUUUAUUCACUGUAGAAUUGAGUUUUCCGUCUCGUCACCAGUUCCCUGUCUAGUCAUUUUUAUGUUGUUUCUUAUUUUCAGAAUUUUCAAGAAAUCCCUCAAAUGUUAUGUCUUCACCAUAUUUCAUUUUCUCUGACUGAUAUUUCUUGUAUGUUGUAUACUUAAAAUGAGUCAUUACUAGCUUUCUCAUAUACGAAUCAUAGCAAACAAGUCUUUCUUUCCUUUUUCAAAGUAUAUGAUAAGCAAACCCAUUUGGUGUUGUCUACACUAGUUUUACCAGUUAUGCACACAUGCAGAUCAAGAAGACUUUUUAUGCACACAGUGUAGUGUUUGUUAGCAUCACACUUUGUAACCUUACCCAUGGUCGGUACCACAACUGAUCACGGCAAGUACAUAAUAAUCAGAGCCACACUUGAUGCCAUUUCCAUUUCAUGUGUCUCAUGUGUCUCAUCUGCCACGGCAGUUGAACAUCAUUCACUUUUAACUCGUCACUCAACAGUAAGAUGAACAAGUAUUUUUCCUACAAGUCUACCUCUAUACAAUGUAGUUGAAAGUUUUUCAUUUCGAUCAAAUAUGCUGUACUGUACAUAAUCAGGACAUAAUAUAAAGCUCAAUGUAUUUCUACUUGAGUCACUCUUUUCGGAACCUCAUUUUUUGAUAAGCUUAAUUUCCUAGUACUUAUUUGUCAUCUCGACGGCCCUCUGCCAGGGCUUGCACCUUCAAAUUUACAAGUAACCUUUCAGUCAACUUACUUCUUGAACGUUCCGAUGUUUCUCCAACUUUUGUCUGCUAGUAGGUCUUCCAUGCGAUGUUUACUUCCUUCCGGUUGACCACAUACCCUUUUCUAUGGUUUCGCAUUUGAUGAAAUCGUCAAUUGUGCAGCCAAUGCUUGGCCGGCGUGCUUACAACACUUCCUUUCUUCAAGACAUACUCGUUUAACAGUAUUCCUCAUCAUAGUUUGACAAAUAAAACUCAUUCUCAUCAACGCUUAAAACAUUAGCAUGAGAUUACCCAUUUUGAGGUCACUUAACUUUCAGGCCAGCCCGAAAUUAUUUACUCUUCACGAGUCAAAAAGCUUCAAGAGUUCAUGAAAUUUAGUUAGCCACAUGAAGUUCUCAUGAAGACAACUUAUCGUCCUAUGAAAGCUACAAAAUCGUAACAUGAAAGCUCUGGGCACAAUGCACGCUCAGCACUUCUUUAUACCGGGGGCUUUCGGGAACGGUUGAUCUACGACAGUUAUCGUUUUGAUAUUGGGCGCUCUCGUGCGAGCCGAUUAAUUACGAACGUCUCUACACCUGAGUGAGACAUUUGCAUAUCGCCUAUCCUCUUUUUGAUCAUUUCCAAUCUUCUAAGCGUGAAAGUAAUGGAAAAGGAUUCGGGAACUCAGAAAUUGCUUUGGGAAAUAAUUUGUCGUCGUUUACGUACGAGGUGAACCCGGUCCUUGCGAGGCAAUGCUCGACCAAUGUGGGUUUUUUUUUACGUGUGUGAAAUCCUGUAUGAACAAAACACGGUCAAUAAGACUCAUCAAGGGGAACUGGUCCGAGUGUGAUUGUUACUGGUGAAACACAAACUCCGCUGUCUCUAGUGCCAAGGUUCAAACUACUUAGACCUGAGCGAACGUUUUCAUGAUAAAUUUUUUUCCAGUAUUAUUCCUGCUCCGCCCACUGAUUCACUACUGACUUGCAAAUCAGUGGUCUUAGCUAAAAAUCGUCUCCUGAACUUUCUGUUGUUACAGUGCGUUUAUCUGUUCCAAGGUUUACUUUGUGCUGUCUUGCAGUGUAUUCAUGUUUUAGGAGUGAACCCUUGGUUCAUUGCUAAUUGCCUAGCCCUGACGAUCGACUUAUUUGAUCCUGGCUGUUUUGGUGUUUAGUAACGGCAACGCCUUGCUUUUGAUUCUGAUGUUGCCCCAUCCCUUUUUGCGUCUGAAACUCGGGCGACCUGGUUUGUGCUUUCCUGCCCUAUUGCUAUUGACAUUUAGUAUAUACUAAAACAGUGGAUUGUGUUUUUCGCGCGCUCUGAUUGGCUACUUAGUCAGUGAAUAUCCUGCACUAUUCACUGAUUCACCUCCAGUUCCUCCGAGCGAGCGACGCCAAACUCGCGUAAGUUGCGAGCAAAAUGCCUUCCCGUUUUGCUGCCGUAACAAACAAAGAAAUUUCACAACUAAUCAAGCAAGCUGUUCCCGAAAUACACGAAGAAAGUGACGAAGUUCGGUUUGGAAGUUUUAACAGGUAAAGCUUUGUCUUUUUGACUUGAUUUUAUCGAUAAAACCGGUGAAAAAGUAUUUUGUUUACAAAUGCAAAUUAAGCUUAAGUCUUGCGUUACUUUAUUAGGUUGACUUGUUCAUAAAGUUUUAUUUGUCGGCAAGAAAAAGCGGCGACCGCGGCUGCUCGGUCAUUGCGCGCCAAAAUUGUUAUCGUUGGCAACAGGAAAUGAGUUAAAAAUCAUCAUUUUUUUGCUUAAUUAUCUCACUGUUUUAGUAUAUACUAACACAAUUAUUCACCUCAGUGUCGGUGGCUAGUGGUGUGGAUAUUUACCGCGCCGCUUUGCGGCCUCGGUAAAUUUCAUCACUACCCACUUCCACUUCGGUGAAUAAUUGUUAUAUAUUCUUUGUUUUUAAUGCCAUUCUCUGCAGCUUCAUCUCUGCCUCCAUGCAUCUCCAUCACCUUAUGGGAAACGAGGCUUUUCCUAUAGACACUUAUGUUAAUUCCCCACUUCUGAACAUGGGUAAGUGCUGCUAAAUCCCCACCCAUGACUCGGGGCAAACAUGCAUCUCAUACUUCUCUGCUCUCGUCAAGAUAAAAGAUGUAAAAAACAGGAUCAAAAUGAGUCUGAAAGUGAGGGGAUGAAGACAACAGUUCCGUUAUUAUUUUUAGACGAGCAUAGGAUGAGAUCAUUUAAUCCCUUCUUCUAUGGAAAUUUCCAGAUAUGAUCUAGAGCGGGGAUGGAUUCUAGAGUUGACAAGGAGGAUCUUGCAAACGUGAUGUUUAACUGGAAUGUGUGGAAUAAGAUUGUUCGGAGUGUCCCGACCGAAAGAUGAUGAUGGUGAGGAUGGUAGACUCGAGAGUCAUGCUCACGUCGUUAGGUAGAACCGUGAGACGACCGACUACUUCUUGAUACGUAGGGUAGAGAGGUAAAGGAGUGAAGUGAGUGAAGAGGCUUAUCAGACUAACGGCUAUCCCCCGGUGUCCCUAGCGUGAAGCGAUCAGCGCAAAGGCAUCUCCAUAAACGGGUUGUUAGUACAUUGCAAAUUUUUCCUCGGUCAGCAUUAUGAUCGUCGUAUCCAAUAUAUACAGUUGGGUGGAGAGAGACAAUAAUGUGAUCCAGAGUAAAGCUUCUUGUUUAGUUAAACAACGGUGACAACGGUGGAGAGACCAGAGACCAGCUAACCACCAACCUUCCGUUUGAGUAGUUAACGAUUUAACAGUGGACCACCAUGCUCUAUGAUUUAUCGGGUCAGUUGGUCUAAAAUUGUUGAACGCGGAUUCAGUUGUGAAUUGCGAUGUGUAGGUGUUUCAUACACGAAUUGAUAAUUGAGAAAUACUUAAUUGCAGAAGUGUAGUGGUUUCUUUACAGCACACCUCUAACCACCUUUUCUAAAAUUCCACCAAGGACGAACGAGUUGAGUUGAGCUUCUUGAAAAAAGUCUUUUAAAAAGCGUGGCGAGCGGAACCAUAUGACAAGUUUUUUUUCAUACUCUUAAUACCUAUUAAGUUCCUGUUUACAUGGAGAUGAGGGACCCCAGGUGGGUGAGGUAUCCCACUUAGGUGUGGUAACCCGCCUAUCCAUAUAAUCUCUCAUUUGAAUUUGAUCACGUUUACAUGAUAGGUGGGGUGACCCGCCAAGGCGGGUAACCCAGUCUGCCAGACCGAGUUACCCUCUCAGCCAGGGUCAAAUUCUGCCAUGUAAACGUUUUAAGGUGGGGUAACCCGCCUAGCCGGGGUCGGAUUCGCGAUACAUCAAAUUCGCGCAAAAUGCUCUCGGGCGAUGGCUUUGCAUCAUUAUUAAAGGUAACAAUAGAAAGCUACAGCACUGAAAGUUGCAGCAAGGGUAGUGAGUGUAGAAGAAUAUUAAUCGCCAAAACACGUGGUUUGCCAGCAUUUUUCUUGUUUACAUGCUUAGCGACCAUUCAAUAAUCUUGAGAAAGUGCACCCCGGGAUGGCGGAGGUGUAAGAUUGCAUGUAAAGGAAGGUUAUUUUUUUACCCCACCUAAGCGGGUUACCUCACCUAUCUGGGGUCCCCCACCUCCAUAUCAACAGGCCCUAAGUUUAUUUUAGAGGUUUUAAGAUUUUUCUUAAACAGUCGUGCUUGGAAUCAUCCAUUUAUGUGUUUUAAAUGGGUGGCUCCUUCGCCUGGACAGAAGACGGUCAUGCUUCUGCCGUGCAGGCGUACGAAAAUUCGGAUGUUUCGUCAGGAAUUUUCUGAGUUUUGGGAGGAGUGUAGAUCAAGAGGUUAUGGAAUUAAUGGAUUUUGCUUAAGUUAAAGGAGGUACCAGGAGACUUAUGUGCCGUCGUAGAGCCGAGUCUUAUUAGAAGUUAAGGCCUUGUUUGCGGAUGGCCCAGUGACAACAUAUCAGUAUUGACACUUAAUCAGGCAUGUAAAGUUCACCAUAUGGUUUGCCCUCGCCCACAGAAAUAGUAACAGUAACUUCUCUUUUUUUCCUGUUACUGAAUAAAGGGUGUAGUGCGUCUCUUAAAUGUAACUUAAACGGGACGUUUCUCCGCUACUGCUCGUGAAAUUAUAUCUAAGCCUGCUAUUUUGACUACUUUGAUAUAACAGUUAACAGUUCCAUUUUUUUUUUAACAAGGUCCCCCGUCAGUCCCUUCUAGAGGUCCCAUUUGCGAAGAGAUUGGAAAGGCCGGAAAAGUCUCCGUGCAUGCAGGUAACAACUGGUCCGUUAAAUUUUACUUACAGAAACAGUUUUUUCAAUCAGGUUAUUAUAGGAAUGUCUAAGAAAAUAAAGAUCGCGAAAACUUAAACGCCAAACUUAAAUUUAAUUUACAAAGUUAUAAGUGAGUGUUUGAUGUCCCUAUAGACAUGUUACAUUAGAGUGCUAUUCCUUACGAAAAUCCAUGGGGAUUUUUUAAUCCGCAAACGAAUACAAUCAAAUUUUAUUAUAGCGGACUCUGUGGGGACCUCACGUGACUGUCCACAUUAGCGAGAGUCCGGAAUAGAGGGUGUUUACUUCUGUCAAAACUCUCUAAUUAUUUUUUGCUUGGGAUUUACCUGCUGUCCGUAUUCUCGGGUUGUCCGUUAUAGCGAGGUGUCCGCAAGGCGAGAGUUGACUGUAUUUCGCUUCUGUACUAAAAUCCAUAAACGGGUUAUUAUUUGGGCGUCGCCCAAAUAGAGUAAUCGAGUUCGCUUGUUUUGAUUCAAAGUUGCAAUAGGCACGCAAUACGUGCGAAUGUAAACAAGACAAGCGACGCGAAUGCCGCGCGUUGUGUCACAACACAGCAUUCAUCUUCGUUAUAUACGACCCACAGAUAACGCAUGGCAAACAAAUCGGCAAUACAAAACAAACUUUUUGGAAAAACAAGGUACACCGAGCGAAACAAACUAUUAAAUAAUUUAAAUUUUUCCUUUGGAAAAUAAUCGUCCUCGCAGGACACGGUGUAAAUGGUUUGGCUGUAUUGCCAGUUGUUUGACAAUAUUUUUGCUCUCAGUUGUCAAGAGCCAAAGAAGAUGUCAUGCAAAAGUCCAUGAUCUCGUGCAUGAGAUAAGUUAGGGAAACAUUGAAUGAUGCAUAAUUUCAGAGCAUAUUUUCGGAAAGGAGGUGAUUUCUUAAAAUCUUAUUGAACAACAUUGAGUCCAACAUCUUCACGUGCAAACCGCGUUCUAUUUUUAGAUUGAGUCGUAUUCUCUCAUACACGAACCACGAAAGCGGCAAAUUCCAAAGCUUCCACGUGCAAACUGCGUGACAAUACAACUCACAGUAAGGGCCUGAUCACGUGUUCACUGGAGGCGACGCGUUUAUUGAGUUAGCUAAUUCAACAACUACAAAGGUACAUACAAAGAAAAGCCUAUGAAACAAAAAAGGAAAUCUAAACCUGGAAGAUAACCAACGAGCAUCCACUCGAUGAAGAAACCUCACCGCGCUCGCUGCGGAAUAAACUGAGGAAAAACCCCGGCCCUGUAGAUAGAACCCUCCCGACCUGCCGGGCACGGCAAUACAGGAUCACACUCCUACUUUUUUGUGGGUUUAAUGAUCUUAGUUUGGGUAGAAUUAAUUGACCCCGAUGAAGUCUUAAUUAGGGAUUUCACGUCAUCUUAAAUUUUUUUUUCUUGUCACAUUUAUGGUCCAUUCUUCUUGACGCGAAAAUUGUACAUAUAUUGAUGAGGACGAUGGCUCUUUCAGCAAUCUUGUACCCAGAGCCUUCUGGCUUUUUGGGUACGGGGUUGCUCUUUCAGCAUCCAAUACAACAAAAUUUGUGAUAUUUUUACUUAUCGCUUAACCCCUCCUAAGUCCCCAUAAUUCAAUUUUUUCUCUACUGGCAUUUUAUUACUUUCCCUCCUCCACCAUCUCUAUUAACAGCCUUCGUGUUGGGACUGCAGCUAUCCCUCCUGUGUCGUCUGCAAGGAACUUGGGCUCAUGGUUUGAUUCCAAGCUGACGAUGGCAACCCAUAUAUCAAAAACAUGUAACUCUGCCUUCUAUUAUUUGUAUAAUUUGAGACGCAUAAGAAAAUAUCUAUCUAAUUGCAACACCAAGACUCUGAUUCAUGCCUUUAUUUCAAGCAGAGUCGAUUACUGUAACAGUCUUUUGUAUGGCCUGCCGGAGUAUCAACUCAAUAAGCUACAGCGUGUGCAGAACAUGUGUGGUAGAUUAAUAUGCAAUGAAAGUAAAUAUUGUCACAUUACUCCUUUAUUAGUAGAUUUACACUGGCUGCCUGUAAAGUUCAGAAUUGAAUUUAAAAUCCUGUUGAUUGUUUUUAAGAUUUUUAAGGGCUUAGCACCCUCGUACUUAAGUUUUUUAAUUACCCCUAAGCCUGUCUGUAAAUAUAAUUUAAGAAGUUUAGCGACAGUACCAUACUUAGUUAUCCAAAUGUUAAGCCCGAGGCAACUCUCGGUGAACGGACCUUUCUGUUUGCUGCACCUAAGUUAUGGGAUGCAGUGCCAAGAUUUAUUAGGGAAUCCAUUUCAGUUGACACUUUUAAGAGAAAGUUGAAGACUCACCUUUUUAAAAAAGCAUUUUGUACCUCUUAGAUUAUAAGAUUGUAUUUUUAGUUUACUAGAUUGUAAAUAAUUUUCAGCUUAUAAUUUUUAAGAUUUUGCUAACAGAAUUUAUCUUUUUAACUUUUAGCCAUUAGUUUUUCUAUUCUAUAUCUAUAUUAUCAUCUUAUUUUAUCAUUUUUAUUAUCAUAAUUACUCAUUAGUUUUAUUAUUAGUAGUAUUAUUGUUUUUUGUUGUUGUUGUUGUUUUGUUUUUGUUUUAUUUUUUUUCCAUAGGGCGCAUUUGAAUAUAUUUAUAUAGAUAUUUGCGCCUUAUAAGUUUUUGAAAUUAAUUAAUUAAAUUACCAUGACCGACACCUUUCUAUUGUCUUCUUUCGCCGCAUUUCCUUUUCUUCCACCUUUUUUAACUGGCUUCCUGAGGUGGAGAAGGAGGAGGAGAAAAAUCUGGUAGAAAAUAGAAAUCGAUGUGGAAGGAAAUAGACCUCUUCGCCACUGCUUUUACCUUAGCAAACAGAAGGGCCGGAAAUAGGUGGCUUUUCCCUCCCCUCCCAUUUUCUAAGGAAAAGGCUCUGGGGGCGAGGUUGGAGGGAAAUAAUUGAGUUGGGGAGGACUUGGAAGGGAAAAGGGGCAUAUAAAAUAAAAUUACUUAAAAUCUAUUGGCUAAUGAGUGAUUUCCCGAGAUCCAUCUUUUAAUAUUUCAAUAUUUAAGACAGGUUUUGUAUACCCAAAGUUGCGCACAACAAUUAAUAGUAUACACUGCCAACUAAGUUUUUACGACUAGAUUUUUUAAGGCCAAACGGUGGUCGCCUUAACGUGUUUCCACUUUACGUCGGACAGAUUUGUAAAAUUUUAUUCCGCCGGCAACUUCAAAAACAAAGAGACAUGUAUUGUCUCGUGGCUGCUAAAAUUAAAGAAUAUGCAAGUGUCGUAAAAUGUCUUUAAAGUUACAAACAUAUUGGAGUGACCUUUUGUUAACUGUUUUCUUUGAAUAAUGAACAACAGUGCCUGGUCGUCUUCCUCUUGUACUCCAAUAGAUUCUUCCACGAACUGAUUUUAGCUCUUUUUUCGCACAGGCUCCCUCGUAAAACAGAUUAUCUCCGAAGAUCCCUUUGUUCUGGAUGAAGUUUGUUUGAAAUUAGACUAUCCAGUUAAGAAAUCACGAUGUGGUUAUUGGCCACAUUUUGCUCACCUCUUGGACGCCUCAGAAGAAACGAAAAAGCGAUGUCAAAACAGAAGCAAUUACAAACCAAGUUUAAUGAUGUUUACAUAUUUAUCUACAACAUUACCCGGCUUUACUGUUAACGACCUGGAAUUUUAUCUGGGAAAGAUUGAGAAAGAUAAUCUCGUCUCAAUGUUGAAACAAAGCUGUGUAAAAGGUAAGAGCUUAAUAAGUAUUUUUUUAUUAGCUUAUUUGUUGAGAAUUUGUUGAUUAGGCUUUUUAUUAGAAGCAAUAUUUUAUACAGCAGUAUCAAGUUUACCCUAUUUAGUCUCGCUUGCGGAAGUAGCGAAACUCAUAGUCUGCAACGCGUUUUUCGUCGUAUUUAGGAAAAAAAGGGGGGUCAAUGUGCCAGGUGUUCCUUGCGGAGACCGGGGAAACUGGGAGUAAGAAUCGUUGCGUGAUCGAAGCCACGCACGUUUUGCGAACAAAGCCGAGGAAAUAUUAAAUUAAGAGCUUUUCCGAAACGUGUCCGUCCACGAAUUCUAUCUCUUGAAAGAGUUGAUUACUUUGGAACAAGUUAACACUACUGAGUGGUCGAAAAACAAGAAGAAUCUUAAUUAGCAAAACUGCGAUGGUCGGGUGUUGUAAACUUUCAUUGUUUGCAAAUGGGUCUUGUUAGGAGCAUGCGGUUUAUCUUCGGCGAUGAUUGAAAUGACGUGCAAUGUAAACCACUUCUUUGAUCUCUGGCAAUGAUGUAAUUUCUCUGGAAUCGAGGCCCUUGAAUUUCCGUGUAUUUAUACACGCGUAUAGUCUGCGACCGCAGACGUAUUUCCGGUCGUCGCUAACACGCGUACUAAAUCAAUUCAGAAACAAAUAAACAGUAUCAAUGUCGAUAACCAAGGAGGUAAAAAACCUUUAGCGAGUAAAUCCUGUUUCGUGUAGAAUUAAUCGCCUCCUCAUUUCUCGAUCUAAUCUCCAAGUAAGCAAGACUGACCACCGCUGUAAGAGCGUUCUUGUUAGUUCUAAUGUAGGCCUGAUAUAACACAAAUCUAACAAAUGUAAAUCUCAGUGUAUUAAAGACCACAGCAACAAAUCCAAAUGUACUAAUAUUCAAGUGAUUAAUCAUGGAGUAGCACAGAAGAUGUACCGAUGUUGGGUAGUCAACUAUAAAUUAAAGGAGGCACGUUGCUAGGAUAUAAUUUCGAAACCAGGCCUAAUAGCCGUGAGCUUGCUACAGCGAGCUCGGUUAUACUAUACUAUAGUUAUGACCAUCAAUUUAACAGUCAACGGAUGUUCGCACUCGAAAAAAACUCAGUUUGAGGAGAAAAAACAAGACUGACUAGUCCUGACGUUUGGGCUGCGGCGACGUCAAAGGUUUGACGCGAUCCAGGCAGAGUUUCUGCUCGCAAGGUGGAGUUCAUGUAAACAGGACAAAGAAUGCUGUAGAAAAGAGACGCCCUAUUUCGAAGCUUCGCCGCUCAUGAAGCUGUAGCAAAAUAUACUAGCAUUUUCACAGAUUUUUGCUCAAGUCCAUACCUGUUUUGUAGUCACAAAUGUACGAGGUAUAUUUCUCCGAAACAUACUUGAGCUAUAACGUACUCAAAGGACCAUGUUGUUAUACCUCAAGUAAGAAAUUUGUCCGAAAUAAGGAAAAAUGCUGCGCGAAAGUUGAAUGUUUCAAAUAGAACUAUAAUACGCUACACUCGCACUCAGCCCUAUGUUCUGUGCCGGCAAAGUAUUUUUUUUAAAGAUUUUCACGAAUUCUCACUAAUUAGAAUUAGAGACCUAUCUUAACAUAGUUUUCCUCUGAGAUGUAUUAAGAGGUACUUGUAACCAACCUGUUGGGAGGGGAGGGGUGAAUGACUUUCCUAUCCUUUAAGAGAGUGUGGUUGUCGUUGGUUGUUGUUGUUUUUCAUUCCAGCAGUUCUUCGUGCAGGCGCAAGAGACUGGCGAACGCUACGUAUCUUUUUACCACAACUCAAUUAUAUUCACCAUAAGUUAACACGUUGCCGCGGGAAGCAAAACACAUCGUAACCUACGCGAAAUAAACUUUAAAGCUUACACAGGAAAAAAGCGAGUGAAAAUACCGAAUAAACGACGAGGAAAAUACGAAAUCUGUAUUCAAAAUGUUUCACAUGCAAACAUUUUCGGUGAACCUCUGGCGCCAUAGAAACGACGUGUUAUGUAUUAAAACUGCAAUAUGCAAACUACUGACGUAAGCCGGCGAGUUAUAACUCUAUGUACACUCACUUGGGAGUAUUGUAAUAAGAAAAAGGACAUUAGAAAAAUAAGCAAAACGCGCCUACAUGCGGUCCCCGAAGGGGGCACGCGAUAAAGUAAGCCCGCCUUUCCAUGGCUAACGAUACGAAACAAAACAGUUGUCCAAAGUCAAUUUUAUUAUCGUCUUUGCAAAGUUCGUUUAAAUAAUGUUCAAAGGCAUAAUUUACGAACGUCUCGUCGUAGAAUAAAAGUUGAUGUUCUGAAGUUUGCUUCGCACACUACUCCGUGGCGAUCGGAAAAAAACUUCAUGUACCACUGCUUUAGGCAAUUCUCUUCAAUAACAAGGACAAGGUGUCCAGUCCCCAGGUUCCGACAAGAACGAAGCCUUUUUAGUCUGUCUUGAUGCAUUGGCAGCUAUUCUAGAAUCCACCGUUUCCAGAAUAUGACUGCUAGAUACUGGGCCUGCUUCCACCAAGGGUGAGGGGAGGUUGUAUGCAGUUCUCUAUCUUGAUGCAUUGGCAGCUAUUCUAGAGUCCACCGUUUCCAGAAUAUGACUGCUAGAUACUGGGCCUGCUUCCACCAAGGGUGAUGGGAGGUUGUAUGCAGUUCUCCUGCACGGUGGUAUGGACUUGUAACUUCCUGCGUUUGAGCUCGCAGUCUUCGUUAGACAAAUCUGGAAUCCAUUCCGGUUGUUCUGGCCAUUCCUGUUCUUUUUAUACAGUAAGCCGGGCCUAGUAAACCAACAUUGCAGCUCGUGAGUCUCAGUGAUAGAGAAAACAAAGGAUGCGUAAUACGCCGGAUGGAUUGGGAGUCAACGUGACGCCACUACGACGGAGAUGUCGCGUCGUAGGUUACUGACAAUCAAUUGGCCACAAACGUUUGGAAUCUUUUCGCUUUACUUGUUACGUAUUGAAGGACAAUAGUGGUGUCUGUCCAAAAUACUGCUUUAUGAACUGGCAAAUGAAAUUGUCCCUUCACGAAACUUAUGCAGUUUGACAGAGACCACGGCCGCUAUCAGUUUCAUCGAGGGAAUCGUGAAAGCUUCAAGGGGUGCUACUCGGGAUUUACCCAUAACCAGGCCGUGGUGAACGCUUCCAGCAUAGUCCAUAAAACUCUCCAGAAUGGCGAGGGCACGGUGGUCUUCAAUAGACAUAGUUUGUUUCUUACUGGACAAGGAUUCAGUAAAUUCUGCGUAGUACAUCCUCUUCAAAGCUGUGGAUAUCAUCUCUUGAUGCUGAGCUAUUAAAUUUACUGUGGUUUCCGAAUGGACUGGGGAACGAUUCAUCGGCCGAAUUAGUGUCCAUCCAAGAACAGUUCGAACUGUUGGCUAUUGCCUGCGGUAGUCUCUUUGGGUUUGGGAACAGAUGGUGUAAUGACCUCUUGAUUAAUGGCUGGCGGCGGAUGGAGUAGUGAAUGGUGCCGUUUUCAACAGCCGCUGAGCAGGCACGCCCUGGCUCCUCUACACCGCCUCACAAGAUGGUCUUCUUUCAGGCGGUUAAUACAUAACUUCUUAGACAUGGGUGUCUCCUAGAUGUUUCUACGCUGUGUUGCUGAAUUGGACGUUGCUUUGGAAACCGGCUGAUCUUCCAGAGCUUGUUUCCCUUUAGCACCCUUGGUCGCUAAGACUUUCGUUUAAGGCAGAGGUUCAUCUUCCGGUUUCAUCAUAAGUUUUUUGUUCUAGACUUAUUGAUGCUACCCUGAAUCCGUCUGACUUACUUCCUACCAGCUUUACAAAUGCCUUGUUAGCUACAGUUGCCCCUUUCUCCACGAAGUCAACUGUGAUGCAAUGUCGGCCUCGAUCAUUUUGCUUGACUCCUCGGCCCACUUUGCUUGCAGGUGAGAUGGAAGCUGCGUGACCUCUUUCGUAAGUGUGUCCAUGCAUGGAAUCUAUGUCAGCCUUGUAAGGCAUAUGGUCAGAGUUCAAAGAACAGCAUUUCAUGUCAUAAGCCAGUUAAGACAGCUUCUCAGUUUCCCAUGCACGGAUUUGAGGCCUUUUCGUGACCUCAUCAAUAAACGUUCACACGAUAAUAUGUUUCUGUCCAAAGUUUUUACGUAAGGUCUCUUUGACCUCGCGGUGACCUUGCAUGUUUGAAGGGUAGCAUUUUGUGCAGUUCUUUAUAGCUUCCUUGGCAGCUCUUUCACAAUACUGAAGCAGGAAAGAAAGUCUCUCAUCAUCUUCCUUUGCUCUGUGCUCCGCGUUUAUCUUAAAACUCUUGAUAAAUCGAGGAUACUUUUUUGGGUCCCCAUCAAAGAGUAGAAACUCCCUCUUUGGCAUCUCGUACUUCUACAAACCAGAGAUUACCAAACGCACAACUUCUUCCUGCAACUUGAUCUACAAGAGUUUUCUGGGAUCAGAGAACCCUUCUCGGGUCGAGGCAGUGGAGUUGAAGGUAAUCUAGGCAGUCAAUCUCCACAAGAAUCAAGAUAUCUGCCAACUGUCUCGUACGUUUGUUUAGGCAGCAAGGGCAUGGCCUUGCCAAUCUGCCGUCCAUCACUCCCUGCGCUUGACAACUCCAUCCGUGCUUGUUGCAUCUCAACACGGGCGUUCAAGAACUGCUUCUCCAUCUCCAGCUGUUUUCCCUCCUUCUCUAGAUCUUGCUCUCUUGCCUUUAUUCUUUGCUUCUCUUGAAGCAUUCUCACUUUAAACUGAGCCGCUGCUAGUCUUGUCCUUGAUGCUUUCUAGCUCUAGAGCAGACCCUUAAUUCACCUGAACGGGUAGCAUUUGCUGACAUAUUAACGUCUCUACUCUGCGGAAUUUCGCGUGGGGUGCCUGUGAGGUCUUGCAAGCAUUAUCGCGUGAAGUGUCUCGCGAAUACUCACUUGAGGUUCUGCGUGAAGUCUUGCGAGUAUUAUCGUGUGAAGUGUCUCGGGAAUAUAAUAAACACUUGGGGUUGCGUGUGAGGUUUCGCGAGGAGUACCGCGUGAGUUGUGGCGUGAAGUUUCCUUUAGCGUGUCGUCACGUGCAAAACUUAAAGCGGGAGAAGCAACUUGCUCCCCAGAAUUAAUCCAUGUUGUGCCAUAUUGUAAAUUCUUCAUCGGCAUGGUUCGCACUGGCCCGGAAUACUCCUUGAAAAACUGCUAGGUCCUUGAAAACUCCUUAAUUAAAAGCGGUGCUUGAAUUUUAUUAAAUACUACAGCAAAAUAAGUUCAUUUUGACAUCAAUUGAAGGAACUGCUGCGGAACGCAUUUUAAGUCUCAAACGAUGAAAAGCUAACCGCGACUUCUAUGGGGUAUCCCAAGUACUGUAUUCUUCAACCCCCUCUAAGCAAACAAAACCUCAAGGGAAAUAUAGCUUGAAGCGUGAAAUUUAUUCGACUCUAAAAUGAACUCAAAAGGUCAAAGAGGAAACUGCAUUUAUAACCGACAGUGAGAGAAGAAGAAGACAGUCGAUGCUGACAUUAAGUAACUCAAUGAAACGGCAGACGACCUUUGUACCAAAGCAGAGGCUAAUGCAAAGUUUUGUCAUUUGGUCAUUUGUCACCCAGGCAAAUGAUCUAAGGAGAUCUGUAAAUGAAAAACCUAAUGAUGUGGCUGAACUGGUUUUGGGAUAUUAAUUGCACUUACAGUUUGGUUUGUUGCCGUGACUGUGAAAAAUAAGUAAUAUUUGUGACACAAUAAUGUGAGUGCCUGAGAAAAUAAACUCCUUGGAUUUUGUUAUUAAGUCCUGAAAAAGUCGUUGAAUAAAAAAGUUAAUGAAACCUGUUGGAACCAUGAUCGAAGAGAGCCUUCUCAUUUAACCUCCAAUUGAUAAGUACGUGCAGCCUUUUUUUGUUCCUCCAAAUCGACUAGACUUUGAAGCAAACUUCCGACCGCAUCCGAAAAAGUUUGAGAGAAUACAAAGUCUAUUUUUCAACGACCUUUUCAUGGACAUCGCCGUUGUCUGAUCGGCUUAAGGUCCCUAUUUUCGCUCAGAGAGCCCGAGUUUGGAGACAAGAAUCUAAUUCUAUUACGCGCCCUAAUCCGGUGUCCCCUUAGCUAUAGGCACGGACAGAACCUUUAAGUCGUUUGAUAUUCUCCGAACAGGCACCUUUUUCAUCCAACGUUUUCAUCCCUAAAUCGCGUCUUCCAUAGCCAUCGUCAACGUCGUACCCCGUCGAAGGCGAAAUGAAGAAGCGAUAAGAACCUUGUAGCCGCAAGAGACUGGCGAACGCUUCCACAACUUAAUUAUAUUCACCAUAAGUUAACUCGUGGCUGCGGGAAGCAAAACACAUCGCAAACUACGGUUCUUAAAUGCAAAGCGCGAAGUAAACUUUAAGGCUUACAAAGGAAAUGCUAGUGAAGACAAUACGUAUUAAACGACAAGGAAAUAUGAAAUCUGUAUUCAAAAUGUUUCACAAACCUUAUGGGUGAACUUCUAGUGCCAAAGAAACGACGUGCCAUGCAUUCAGUUGCAAACUGCAAUAUGCAAACUACCGCUGUAAGUCGCUCGUAUAACUCACUGCAUACUUGGGAAUAUUGAGUGUAAAAAGAAAAGAACAAAUUAGGCAAAUCGAUUAGCAUAAGGCAUCUACACUUAGUAUAAGUAAGUUCUUAAAAGUGGCUUGUUAAAAGGACUACUAUAUUAAGGUUUGUUGAAUUUGCAUAAUUCUACCGUUUUAUCUAUUUAGGUACUGAACGUUUGACAGUUCUCUCUCAACGAGACUGGAAGACCUUUCAUGCAAUUUGCCUGGACCUAGACUGCAGUAACAUGUACAACUGGCAAGAUCUCGGUACACAGAUAGGAAUUUCACUGGAGAUUUUUGAAAAAUGCAAAAGACCUGAAGAGUAUGCUGAUUUAGCCCUGCAAAUAAUCUUCACAAGGCAACCAUACCUGAGCGUGGGAAAGAUGAAAGAUGUUCUCAAAGAGAUGGGUAGAAGAGAUGUGAUUGAGCAAUUGAAUGAGCUCCCAGGUAAUUAUUGACGUUUUUCACUAGACUUUUGUCGUGUUUUACAAAAAUGACCUAACUUGCGCGCAACGGGAACCCUGACAAAACGGACUUUAAGGAAGAAAUCUUUUGCCAUCGUGCGAACUGUUCAUCUCCAUUCAAUUCGAAUGGGGCAGUUCAUCAUGUUUUAAACUUGGCGAGAUGGUGUAUCAAAAAAUCCCACGCAGAUAUAUCAGGCGUCGAUAGAGCAGUACAUGUAUAAACAUAGGAAUACACAGGUAAAAUUCUGCAAACCUACUUUAUCCCAAAAUGUGUUUCGAGCAGGUGAGAAAUUAAGCUGCAAAAAUUAAUAAAUAAAUGACUCAGACGCACAAGUAAAUUCCUCAGUAAAGCACAGACGUCACGAAUGUCACCUGGCGAGUGUGUAAUGUGUUUUUGUACGAAGUUUCUAUCGAUGUCAAAUGGCACGUGCUAAAAUCCAGACGGUAGAUUCUGGACGAUAGGAUUCUGGAUGGUAGGCGAAAGGAAGAUAAACGAUAGACGGUGGACUAUAUAACUAAUUUUAUGGGAAAAUUCAUUACUUGACUGGGGAAUUCCCCGUUAAAUUGCACGCGAAAACCGCCUCGCGAUUUGUGCGAUAUCGGUUUUCAAAUGCAAUUUAACGGGGAAUUCACGAGUCAGGUAAUGGAUUUUCCUUUAAUCGCAUAAUUGAAUAAAAAUCAGGAGAAAAAAGAAAACAGCAAUAAUAUUGUUUGUUUUUAUCCUGAGCGCGCGCUCCAGAAAGCCAUUUCAAAGUCAACUGUCAGAACUGUCAUUGCGUUAGCGAAUAGGAAGCAAGGUCAGUCGUACACGUUUGAACCUUCGACAACUUUUUUGUACCUUGUAUUUCUCCAGUGAUGAGAUAGAGCGAUUUUCGUAUGACCUUGAAAGAAAAACGCGCGAACAAUACAGAAACAACAAACGAACAGAAAUAGAGCGAUUUGAUUGGUUUAUCGAACACAUACAAACGCGGGUGGCUUUUGGUUGAUUCAGAGCGAACACUCGGGUGAAAAAACUUCAUGCCCGAGAACUUUCUAGAAACCAACCCAUACUUGGCUUUGACAUCAUACUGCAACACGAUUGGCCAAUCGAACAAUGCCUACUCCAUAUUAGGAUUUUCUUUGGCGGGAAAACGAAAAGGGCAUGUUUUGAUCUUUUCAUCCAUUGGCUGAUAAAACAUAUAACGAACACUUACCGAAACCAUUUUUCAAGGUCAUACGAAAAUUGCUCUAUGAGAUGACACUAAUUCACGUACUGAUGUUUAUUUCUUUUCUUAACCUUACUUCCAUAAACACCGUGAGAACUAAAAUAAAGAUAAGAGUAUUUUACAAUUAAGGUUGUGAAAUUACGGAAAUACUGACAUUUCAUCCGUUGAAAGUAACAAGACAGAAAGGAAAAAACUGAAGAUUGACAAAUAACGGUAAAUAAUGUCGUGUGUUAACUUAACUUCGUCUAAAAUCCAAAAUCUUGAUUUGACAAUGUAAUUAGCAAUAAAAUCGGUUGAAAGGAUAAAAUUACAAACCGCUUACUUAAAUAAGAAAAUGUAGCGUAAAUGUUUACCUUGGUGAUGUCCUUAAAAAUCACUAGAACAAAGAAAACUUCUUGGCUUCUUGAAAUGGUUGACAAAGAACUUGCGUCAACUAACCGCAAAAACAAAAAACUUAACCUUUUAUUAUUAUUCAUUCAAAAUAUUUUCCCGAUUCUGAUUGGCUAAAAGCACACGUUUAAUUCACCAUAACCAGCUACUGAUGACCAAAUUUGGAAGAACUUUGACUUUAACGAGGAAAUGACGUCAAAAAUGCAGCGUUUUUGCAGGUUAAGGCAACGUUAACCUAGAAGACCUGGGGACGAGCUUGUGUUAUUUUUGGCAGACAAACAUCAGAAAUGGCUGCGAGUAGGUUUACAAGUUUGAGCGAAGAAAAUAUUACCCAGUUAUUUAAUGAUAAAGACAGUGAGAAUACCAAAAAGUUGACGAAACACCAUCGCUUAAUUUUUGAGUCGUACCUCAAGGAGAAAAACAUCAGAAAUCCUUCAACUGCAGUAGAGUUAGCGGCAGUUUUACGAAAGUUUUAAGCCGAGGCGAGAAAGAAAGAUGGACAGAUGUACUCAAAGAACUCCCUUUGUUCCAUCAGAUUUUCUUGGUGUAGACACUUCAAAGAAGAACUAAAUAUAGACAUUAUAAAGGAUACGGAAUUUAACGAAGCCUACGGAAUUUAUGAAGCACAGUGCGUAGAGCUGAAGAAGCAAGGACUAGCGAAAACUGAACACAAACCUCCAAUUGCUGACGAAGACAUAAAGAAAUUGUAUCGAUGCGGUGUCCUCAAUACUGAAAACCCUUCCACUCUACAGAACAAGGUUUUCUUUGAAAUAAUGGUAUUUUUCUGUCGGCGUGGUCGGCAAAAUCUUCGCCAGCUUAAAAAGACUGACUUCCAAAUAAAAGUCAACUCGCAAGGAAAACGCUGUGUUGUGAAAACAACCGACGAACUAACAAAAAAUCACAGAGCACACGACGUUCAAGCAGAAGAAGGAGGAAUGAUGAUAGCAAACGAUGGUCCUCUUUGCCAGGUCUCGUCCUUUGAAAAAUAUUUGAGUGUCUUGAAUCCAAUGAAUGAAUACCUUUUUCAGCGACCAAAGUCAUCUGGUGAAGCAGAAAUUUGGUAUGACAACAUGGUUGUCGGCGAGAACACUCUCGGCAAGAAGAUGAAAGUCAUCUCACACCAAGCGGAGUUGUCAAAAAUAUACACGAAUCAUUCGACAGUUAUGUAAACCCUAGACUUCGUCUCGUGUUUAUAUCAGGCUAUGCAAACACGGAACUUACUUGCUUUCAGUCUCCGAACUCUGGAAGAAGGAACCGCAGUAGAGACAUCAUUUGGUACAACCCCCCUUUCAGCAGAAACGUGGC